CUUCCAAGGGUUAUUCUCUUUGUGUUUCUGGUUUUUAGUCUGGAUCUAGAAUAUAGAUUAGAUUUAGUCUACUACUGAAUGAAGAGGCAAUUUCGAUUUCUAAUAGUAUUAAAAAUAAGCCUAAGCGAAAAGUAGGCCUUAUAAUUUUAAUACUUUUAGGUCAGGUUAAAGGUCAAGUAUUUAAGCCGGUGCUUUAUCAUUUAAAACCAAGAUUCUGAUUCUCAGGUGACUGCGAUUCUAACGGUAAAGUAAAGUGUAGACUGUAGACGAUCGAAAUUAACAAAAGUUAAAAUAUAAUUUUCCAUUUGGAAUUCGGAUUUUCUGGGAUUAAUUUGAUCUCUAUUCUAGAUUUAUUAAUUUUCCAUACCUAACUCUUCAACUGAUGGUGUUGAGACAAAUCAUUUUGUUCCAGUUUUUAUAUCAAUCUAGCCGUAGCAGUCAGUGUAGGCCUAUUCUAUUCAAGUUAGAUAACCGAUACUGGUUCUAAUGCUAGUGGUCCGCUAGCCUUCGGUUAGUGUUAGAGACGGCACAGGAUGAAAAAGUACACAAAUACGCGUUUAUAACACAAAUAACUGAAAUAACAGUUGUUUUUAAAGUUGUCUUUUGUAUUCUGUUCUAGAUCUAGAAUCUAGAUCUAGAUCUAAUUUGGUGUAACACUUGGUUUUUACGAAAAACAAUCAUGAUGGAAGAUCGACAGAACUGGGGGAAAAAAAUGGAAUUUAUUCUUGCAACGAUAGGAUAUGCUGUUGGCUUGGGAAAUGUUUGGAGAUUCCCCUAUCUAUGUUUCAGAAGCGGAGGAGGGGCUUUUCUCAUUCCUUUUUUUAUCAUGCUGGUCUUGUGUGGAGUGCCCCUGACUUACAUGGAGAUGGCUGUAGGACAGUACACUAGGCGAGGUCCUAUUGGGGCUUUAGCCAAACUUUGUCCCUUCUUUCAAGGAGCUGGUAUAGCCACUGUGAUGAUUUCCUUCCUGUUCACCACCUACUACAUUGUGAUCAUAGCCUGGUCCUUCUACUACAUGUUCAGCUGCUUCACCGACACCCUCCCCUGGACCCACUGCAACCACACGUGGAACUCCCCUCAGUGCUGGGACACCUCCCAGAUCAACUCCACAGCUUUAGACAACGGCACCACACUACAGCAGCCCAAUGGUUCCAGGUCGCCCACUGAAGAUUUCUUCAUUGAGAAUGUGCUGGCCAGAUCAAGUGGAAUAGAGGAGCAGGGAGUCAUAAGAUGGCAGCUGCUGUUGAUCCUACUCCUGUGCUGGAUUAUUGUCUACUUCUGUAUUUGGAAGGGACCCUCAUCCACUGGAAAGGUUGUUUACUUCACCGCCACGUUUCCCUAUGUUGUGCUCAUUAUCUUGCUAGUCAGAGGUGUCACCUUGCCAGGCUCCAUAGAUGGCAUCAAGUUUUUUAUAGAACCUCGCUGGGAACUACUUCUGGAAGCCAAGGUUUGGGUGUAUGCGGCAGCCCAGAAUUUCAACUCACUGGGAGUGGCCUUUGGUGGCCUCAUCACCAUGUCCAGUUACAGUAAAUUCAACAACCGCAUCGUCAGAGAUGUGCUUGUGUUGGCUGUUGUUGAUGCUUUCACCUGUCUCCUGGCUGGCUUUGCUAUUUUCUCCAUUCUGGGAAAUCUUGCUUUCAUCCAAGGAAAGGGGGUCGAGGAGGUGGUCCAAGAAGGUCCUGGCCUUGUGUUUGUUAUCUACCCUCAAGCUUUUAACUCCAUGCCUGUAUCUCAGCUGUUUGCCUUCCUCUUUUUCUUCAUGUUGAUCUGUCUCGGCAUUGACAGUCAGUUUGCUUCUGUUGAGGUGAUUGUCACAACCAUACAAGAUCAUUUUGGCUCCCUGGUCCAUAAAUAUUUGAAGAAAAAAGAACUUUUGGUAGCUGUUGUUUGUUUGGUGUCCUUCCUGUGUGGUAUUCCCAACAUAACUCAGGGUGGUUUCUACUUUUUCCAACUGAUUGACUACUACACUGCUGCUCUGUCACUGAUGGUGCUGGCUUUUUUUGAGGUCAUCGCCAUCUGUUGGUUUUAUGGUGCCAACAACUUAGCUGAAAACAUCAAACUGAUGACAGGAUCUAAACCAAACAUAUUUUUUAUUGCUUGUUGGUUUGUUCUCUCACCUCUACUUAUUUUGGGUAUCUGGGUGUUCAGCAUGAUCCAGUACCAGAACCUGUCCAUAGCUGGCUACGUCUACCCUGACUGGGCCAUUGCCCUUGGCUGGUGUCUGGCCCUGUUGUCUGUCUUCUGCAUACCUGCGGGGAUGAUUCAUGCUGUCUACACUGCUAAGGGAGCUAACAUUCUUCAGAAAUUUAUUCACAGUUUCCAGUCAGCCAUGGAGCCUGAAACACGGAGUACUAACAAACAAGGGGAUGAUGAGGUCAUCUUGACCAAUGUCACUUCUACACAGAGCUAUGUCGACCAGCCAGACUGCCAGCCUCCUGCUAAACACUGUAUCCAACUCUAGUGGUCAUGUGACAUCUGUAGUGGUCAUGUGACAUCUGUAGUGGUCAUGUGACAUCUGUAGUGGUCAUGUGACAUCUGUAGUGGUCAUGUUGACCAACCAAACUGCCAGCUCAUGUCAGCCCUGCAUCCAGCCACUUGUUGUGUAGCCACACAGUUAUAAAGGCUCAAACUUCAACCCUUUAACUAUAUUAGAUCAGCAGUUACAUGUUGACCAGCUUUACUCCCACAAUAAGAAAAUCACAUGAAUGAAUCUUUGUACACCUGUUGCACAAUAGUCAGCUUGUUUU